AUGAACCUGAAUCCUCUUACUAAACAAGGCGAGGCUCUGCACUGUGAGGUCUGUGAAAUGAUUGUAGAAAAAUGGUUAGAGGGUUCCAGUGAUUUUGUUACAAAUAGUAUAUGCAUGGUGAGUCCUGGGACUCAUUUUGUGAAUAGUCAAGAGUUCUGGCCUGUCCACAUGCACAACCAGUGAGUCCCAGUUAAAAAACAGGGAGUCCUUAAUUGAAAAUGCUUGGUAUGGGCCUUUUAACCAGACAGUUAAUCUGGAGACAGAUGCCAAAACUUUUUAUGACAGUUUACUAAAAUGAAAAUAUAGUCCUAUAUAUUUAAACAACUGCUACAGAAAUCGCACAAACAGGAUAUUCUACCAACAAAUCUUCAAAUCGAUCGAUCAUCCUUUGCAUCCUACGGGAUGCAUGCCAUGAAUUAUUUUGCGUCUUUGGAUAAUUUUUUGUGUGAGGGACACAAGAUGCAGAGGUAACAAAAUCACUGGGGUUUGAAACCAUUCCAAAUAGUGCACCAGUUUAAUUUACUGAGAAGGACGGUAACAAAUAUUGUUGAUCGUUUCAUAUGUCCAGGAAGCCCCUACACAGAGUUUUUUAAACAGCGACGACCAAGUAUGUAUGCUACGGAAAUACAAAAACAUUUAAUCGAAAAUCAGGUUGUUGACCCGCAAAGGUUCGAUAAGUCAUGUAUUGACACGUGAUUUCGGUUACUCUUGCAAAGAGUUGACAAUAGUUCCAAAAGAGAGCUUAAUCUAAUAAUAUAAUAAUGCUUGACUGAGAAUGCUCAAGAAAAAGUUGAAGCAUAUAUUUUUUUUCAGUAAUUGUGAUCCCAGGAAUAGGUACUUCUUUGACGAGAACUCAGUCAUUAAAACAACUGGGAAGUGAAGUUACUGUUGAGCAAACUUGUGAAGCUCAGUCGUAGUUGACAACUAUGUCUUGAAGUUCGCAAUUUGAUUCCCUAACUUGCUAAGUAAUUGGCUACUUCAUGAUGUAGUACCCAAUUUUCCAACGAACUUUGCAACAUGGUGUGGUAAAUAAUGUGAAAUCGACUGUAACAGAGUGAUCCAGACUUUAAGAGCGCUUUCCAUUUGUCGGAACUGGCCGGCCGGACCAUUGUCCAACCAGUCGGUUUGAUAUUGAAAUAUGCUUUUGCCAAGAGUUUUUGCUGAACAACCAUUUCCUUGGUGCAUACUACUUAGGAUUUGACUGAUCUGGCUGGAGAGAUUUGAUUAAAAUGGAAAUUCUCAUUGCAUUGGGAAUGGUUUGGCCGGUCGGUUCUGACAAAUGGAAAGCGCCCUAAGUCUUCAUUUCAGUGGACAGCAAAACCAGCAGUGGAGUUAAACUAGUAAAACCACUUUUAUUUAUCCUGUAUUACCCUGCAGUUCUAUGCAAACAUCAUAUUGACCAGGGGGAAGGAGGGUACUCCUUAAAUAUGUUCUCUUGAAAUCCAAACAAUGUUCCCACAACUUGCAAAGCAACCAGCAGAUUUGUUUACUGAUCAUUCCUUGAAUAUCUACACUCAUAGCUCAGCAUACAUUGUUGUCAGUUAAGAUGUUACAUGGUUGCGGUGACUGUCACAUUUUUUUUAGUUUCUCUUGCAUCUUCAAUACCAAGAAACAAUUACAACAUGUGAGAAAAACAAAGAGGCAUGAUAUUUUUGUCAAUUAUUGACUAUAUUUUCUCUGUUGGUUCGCCUCUCACUGCUAAAAUAUUUACUUUAGGAAACACAUGUACAUGUAUAUCCAGUAUAUCACAUUGAAUGUUUGGCUUUCAAGCUAGAUCAAACUCUUUCGAAUGAAAGAGUUUGAUGCAGCUCAGCCAUUCAACAAAACCCACUCACAAAAAAAAAUUGAAUAGAUCAUUUGAUUUUUGAAUUCAGUCAAACAUUGAGUUGGGUUAUCAAACAAAGUGGAACUCACAUAAGGAACACUCAAAUGGAACAAAAACAAGCGUUUCAGUUCCAAGCAAUUGAUGACAAGUGUGUUAAUUAUUGAUCUAGUGUGAAAGCAGUCAAGGCGACGUAAGAUCCUGCUUCUUUUAUUAUUUCCAUUUCAGAGUUAAAUUCUAAAAUAAACAUUUUCUGUGAAAAUGUCAAUACAUCUAUUUUGUUUACCAAGGAAAAAGUCUUUAAAUCUGCAAGUUGAAAUCAUCUUGGUAAUCAUCUCAGUUAUUACUCUUCACUACAUAAUUGGCCUCAAUAAUAUUGUAGCAUAUUCUGAAUCCAGCACUUGUCAGAUUUCCCUGGCUUGUUGAGUUGACUCAGUUUUCACAUUUUAUUUUUUUCCAAUAUAAUUUGGUUUGUUUCGAUUUUGUUCAGGCAUCAAACUCUCCAGAAAGCUGGUUUGAUAUUGUUUGAUGGCCAAACUGUUUUGUUCGGGGAGUUUGAUGGGAACUUUGUUUUAUGUAAUACAUUGUACACCGAAGUAUACAUUUACUGCAGUAAAUUAUCUGCUGCCCACCAGGGUUAUCGCUUUACAAGUUGUGAGAACAUCAUUUCUUGCACCCAGACCUUGUUACUUUCCCCUGCUUCCCCUGGUAUUGACCCUGUACGUGUAGAUGAUAAUGUACAACCUGAGGGAGGUUGUGCCCUUGAAAAGUAGGCUUUUUGUUACUGGUACUGGUAAUCAUAGACAACCUCUGUUUACAUUUACAUGUACAUGUAACCCCUGGUCCAUAGUCUUAACGUUGCAGGUUGCGGGCAACAUAAUGUACUAACUAUUACUAUGAAACACAACUGUAUGCUUGUAAAAUUAUUGUAAUGUGAUGAAUCAGGGUUGUCAGAAAGUUUUGCUAAAAGGUUUUCCCUCCCCGAUAGCCUGGGGAAUAGCUUCUGUGUUUUACUUAUUAGCACUUUGUUUUGUUUUUCAUACAACAGGCCAGGCAGAUCACCUUGGUAUGUGAUGUUGGUGCAGAACAUUCUCUCAAAGCAGGCUGGUUCAUGGAACUUAAUUUCAGUCUCAAGUUACUGUGCUUUAUGCUUAGUCAAGUUCUGCAAAUGUUAAUCUUGAAAUACUACUUCUAUGCUAAAGACAAAAAAUGUCCAACUGCUACCUCGAGUGGGCAAGGUGAAGCAAACCUUGCAUUCUAA